AGCGGGGCGAGUGCGGCGCAGCUGCGUUGGCGCCUCCCGCUCGCCACGCGCAAGGGGAGGGUCCCCGAAGGUUGCAUGAUGGAAUUUGAACAUUACCUCAAGAGGUUUCAUAUUUUGGAUUAGUUAAUUUUGCUCAUCCUCUGCUGAUUAUUUCUCCGGACUUAUUUUUUUGGUGUCAUUUUGAGGCAUUAAGUGCAAAGAGGUUAUACCAUGGACUACAAGGAAAGCUGCCCAAGUGUAAGCAUUCCCAGCUCUGAUGAACACAGAGAGAAAAAGAAGAGGUUUACUGUUUAUAAGGUUCUGGUCUCUGUGGGCAGGAGUGAAUGGUUUGUGUUCAGGAGAUAUGCAGAGUUUGACAAACUUUACAACACUUUAAAGAAACAAUUUCCUGCUAUGGCCCUGAAGAUUCCUGCCAAGAGAAUAUUCGGUGAUAAUUUUGAUCCAGAUUUUAUUAAACAAAGAAGAGCAGGACUGAAUGAAUUCAUUCAGAACUUGGUUAGGUAUCCAGAGCUUUACAACCAUCCAGAUGUCAGAGCAUUCCUUCAAAUGGACAGCCCAAAACAUCAGUCAGAUCCAUCUGAAGAUGAGGAUGAAAGAAGUACUCAGAAGCUACACUCUACCUCACAGAACAUCAACCUGGGACCAACUGCAAAUCCUCAUGCUAAACCAACUGACUUUGAUUUUUUAAAAGUUAUUGGAAAAGGCAGCUUUGGCAAGGUUCUUCUUGCAAAGCGGAAACUGGAUGGGAAGUUUUAUGCUGUCAAAGUGUUACAGAAAAAGAUAGUUCUCAAUAGAAAAGAGCAAAAACAUAUUAUGGCCGAACGUAAUGUGCUCUUGAAAAAUGUGAAACAUCCAUUUUUGGUUGGAUUGCAUUAUUCUUUCCAAACAACUGAAAAGCUUUAUUUUGUUUUGGAUUUUGUUAAUGGAGGGGAGCUGUUUUUUCACUUACAAAGAGAACGGUCCUUUCCUGAACACAGAGCGAGGUUUUAUGCUGCUGAAAUUGCUAGUGCAUUGGGUUACUUGCACUCCAUCAAAAUAGUGUACAGAGACUUGAAACCAGAAAAUAUUCUUUUAGAUUCGAUGGGACAUGUUGUCCUAACAGAUUUUGGACUUUGUAAAGAAGGAAUUGCUAUUUCCGAUACCACCACAACCUUUUGUGGAACACCAGAGUAUCUUGCACCUGAAGUAAUCAGAAAACAGCCCUAUGACAACACUGUAGAUUGGUGGUGCCUUGGUGCUGUGCUAUAUGAAAUGCUGUAUGGAUUGCCUCCUUUUUACUGCCGAGAUGUUGCCGAAAUGUAUGAUAACAUUCUUCACAAGCCCCUAAGUUUGAGACCAGGAGUGAGCCUCACAGCCUGGUCCAUCCUGGAAGAACUCCUAGAAAAAGACAGGCAGAAUCGACUUGGUGCCAAAGAAGACUUUAUUCAUAAAAAACCCCAGGUCAAGCAAACAUUUUUACUGGUGAAUUAUUCCAUAUUUUUGAAAACAGUAACGUGGCCUUUUAAAAGAACAUUUCUGCUGGGCAUGGAGGCUCAUGCCCGAGUCCUCGCUACUCAUGAACGCCAGUGUACUGGAGCAGAUGAUGCUUCGUUGGUUUCUCUACCGCUCCUCUUCAGAAGACUUAUUUUUGUGAAGUUGCUUCGGAAACUGUCGCAGCAAAUACAAGCCUACAAAUGGGAGUGGUAA